GCGGGUCCAGGGGGGUCCUGAGGUAACCUGGUGCAUCUGCUCCGCUUCUCCCUGCAGCCGCUGCCCGCAGCCAGCUGCCGCUCAUGGAGCUCCUCGCCCUGCGCUGGGUGCUGCUCAGCACCUUGCUCAGCACGUCGGCCUCCAGCAGCGCCCUGCAUGAAGGAGACCUCGUCUCCAUCACGGUGCCAAUGAACAUGGCCCCUGACUCCUUUGAUGACCAAUACGAAGGCUGCGGGCAGAUGAUGUGGAAUAGGCUACAGAUGGUGAACUAUACUGAGUUCACCAAGAACUAUGUCUACGCUGAUGGCUGGAGGAAGGCAGCUGCAGUAUGGCAGAAGCGCGGGGGCCACCUCUCUCAACCCCCACUAAGACGGGAGCAGGCCAUCGCCGUGCUGGCGUACACUGCUGCAAGCCCGCUAUACCAGCAGCUGAAUGCAGCCACACGCCAGGGCGGACGUUCCCACCAGAACUAUUGCUUUUACUUCCACUUCAAGACGCUGCACUUCCUCCUGACCCAGGCGCUGCGUUCCCUGCGGGGAUUCAAGCCCUACUGCUACCACGUCUAUCGCGGUGUUGGGAGCAUCCGCUUCACAGCCCAAAGAGGGACGGCUGUGCGCUUCGGCCAGUUCACCUCCGCCUCCCUAAGGAAGGAGGUUGCAUUGAAGUUUGGCCAGGUCACCUUCUUUGUGAUUAAGACCUGCUAUGGUGUCCCCAUCAAGCAGUUCUCCUUCUACCCCUCUGAGGAUGAAGUCCUCAUCCCACCCUAUGAAGUCUUUGAGGUCACCAACUUCUCCAUUGUCAAUGGCAGAAGCCAAAUCCAUCUCCGCUCCAAGGGGAAGAAGAGUAAAUACAACUGUGAGCUUCUAAAGUGUCAGGGCAGGCAGUGGGGUCGGGGCCACCAGGAGGUGGGGUUGGGGCUCAGCCCUGGUUUGGCUCUGCACUCCCUGGGCUGCUCCAACUGCAGCUGGGGGGGAUCGGGGCACAGAGAGCGUGACCCCAUCCCAGCAGCUCUGUAAGGGGACGGGGAGCACGGAGGUGAAGGGAACAUCUCUGUUUGUGGGGGGGUGGGGACAUGGGGAGAAGGGGAG